AUGCGGCCCAAUCCGGUGAGUGGUUGAAAAUGUUAGUCUGUUUUUUUCGAAAUUUCAAAAUUUCUUAGUUUUUUUCUUUCUGUUUUGAGGCGUUUAAAACAAUUUUGUAUCAUAAAUAUUGAUUCCGUUACGGAACCUUUUUCCAAGUUCAAUCUAUAUGCCCUUGAACUGCGCGACAACCUUCAGCUCAUUUAUUUCGACUUAUAGGCUAUUUUUACUGUUUUCAAGAGAAAACUUGCUUCGCCAUGAAGACUUUUGUAUUGUGAAAUGUUUAUAGCAUGUCAUUUUCAACAUUUUGCUUUAAAGUGUAGUACUUCUCAGAUUUCAACUAUUUUCAUCCUAUGAAAUGUCCUCAACUUUUUUUUGUGCGCACAUUUUUAAACUUUAUUGCAGGUUAUAUUCGUAAUCGGAUGCACUGGAACGGGCAAAAGCGAUUUAGGCGUAGCGAUAGCCAAGAAAUACCAAGGAGAAGUGAUAAGUUCCGAUUCUAUGCAGUUGUAUAAAAGGUACAUUUGGGAAAAAAAUUGAACUUUUUAGCCAAAUUUUGAAGCUGUUUUGGCGUUCACUUCGCGAUUUUAGAGUUCAAAAAAAUCUUUUUUGUUUUUUUUUUUUUCGAUACUUUUGAAAUAUUUGAGUGUUAAUUUUUAAGGUCUCGACAUCGCAACGAAUAAAAUAACGACAGAAGAAGCUCAAGGAAUUCCUCACCAUUUGAUGUCGUUUCUCGACGCGGAUUCAGACCGAUUUCAUGUCCACGAGUUUCGCAACCAAGCCUUGAAACUCAUUGAUGUUGGUGAUCAAAUGAAAAAGUUUUUUUUUAUCUUUUCUUGAUCGCUUUUAAAUCAAUUGUCACUACUGGUUGAAAAAAUUUUUUACCUAAAUCUUCCCAUUUAUUUAAAAAUUUAUUUUUUUCGAUUCAGGAAAUCCGGCAUCGGCAACGAAUUCCGGUUAUUGUCGGCGGUACGACAUACUAUGCAGAAAGUCUGCUUUUUCCAGGACAAUUUGAUUGAAGCUGGUGUGAAUAAAAAAAAUUUAUGGAAAAACAUAACUUUUUUUAUAUUUCAGAAGGCGGAGAAAAUGAAGAGCUGGAUUCUCUGAGGGAUGAGCAACUCUGGGAGCUUUUAAAUGAAGUAAUUUUAGUUAAGAUGAAAAUCUUUGAAGGUUUUUUUAGUGUGAUCCCAAAUCAGCUAGUCUCGUCCAUCCCAAUAAUCGAUUUCGGGUCCGUCGCGCCGUUGAAAUUUACAGAUCUACAGGUAAUUUCUAUUAAAUUUCUUAAUUCGUGGAGAAAAAUAUUUUCCAGGAAAGACGAAAAGUGAACACGUCCGGGAACAGAAGAAAAACAACGGCGAUGUUGAUUUGAGUACACGAUUGCGGUUUCCGAAUUCUUUGGUUUGGUUUUUGAAAACUUAUCGGAUUUUGAAAAAUUCUAAUUUUCAGGUUCUUUACCUUGACGCCGCCCCAAAAGUUUUGAACGAGCGGUUGGAUAGUCGGGUGGAAAAAAUGAAGAAAAUGGGCUUGAAGGACGAAUUGAUCGACUUCUAUAAAGAAGUUUGUGUUGGACUUCGAAUCAAAAUUCAUGUUUUGUUUCUGAAUAAAAUUAUAUUUUCCAGAACGAAUUGAAGCUAUCUGAUUGUGGAGCUCACGGCGUCAUGCAGUGUAUCGGACUCAAAGAGUUUAUUCCUUGGUUGCGGCUGGAACCAGAAAAACGAGAAUCGCCAGAAGGAAUGAAACUAUUUGAUCAGGGGUUCGCUUGGAAAUUUUUCCCCAGUUUUUUAAUGUUGGCCGGUAGCACCCGUGAUGCUACCGCCGAUCACUCUAAACGCAAUUUUUAGCAAUAAAUCCCGUUCAAGUCCAGAGGAUCUACGCAAACUCCAAACUUUUUCCAAAAACUCUUCCUUACUUUUUGAGCUUUUUGAUGGAUAACUUGAAAAAAGUUUUGGAACUCGAACAAAGUCGGAAUGGUGGAUAAUGGCCGCUAAAAGGGAGAGGCUCGAAAAAGCAAAAAUGGUGUUUAUGAAUGCCUAUUAAUGAUAAAUCUCUUCUGAGAGGUUAAAUAAGUCGCGCGAAGUGAUAAAUAAAUCCACUGAAUCAAUUCCCAUCAAUAAUUAUCUCAAGUUUUCAAAACUUUGACGAAUAUAGAUGUGAAGACGUCAAACUACACACACGGCAGUAUUCAGUCAGGCAACGCCGGUGGUUCGUUUCAAGGUUAUUGAGAAGGCGCGGUGAAAAUCGGGUAAAUCUGGUAAAAAUCGACUCUAAAAGAAACAAAAAUCGAAGAUGGAAAGCACCAAAAUGGUCGACACUUCUGACAAGGAGACGAUUAUUUCUACUGGCCUCGAUGUUGUCGAAAGUUGGCUAAGCGGUACCGAUUUUCGAGAAGAAGUGGGAGAUUUUUUUUUGAAACAUGAUAAAAAAAUUAACUUUCAAAAAAACUUUUUAAAAUAUUCAAUAAAUUAUGGCGCUCACACCAUUUUUCUAGCCCCCAUCGCAAGGCGAAGACGGUCACGAUGCGAAUCAGCUCAUUCGAUGUGAAGUUUGUGAUAAGUUGAUAGCCGGGAAAAAUAAUUGGUGAGUUCAUACAUUUUUUUUUUGGAAAAACUUCAUUCUUUCUAUCUAAAUUUUAAAUUCAGGCAAAAACACCUCAAUGGGAAGCCACAUCGAGCGAUUGUCAAGCGGCGGAGCAGCCAAACAUAA